UUCAGCCUCAGUGCGGAAUCCUCGGCGGCGUGAGGUGAAGCGGUGGCGGGCAGCCUCCUGAGCAGCAGCGGAGGCUGCGGGAACCGGAGUCCAAACCACACCCACGUCGCUGCUCCUAUCCACUUCUGCCCUCUCGGUGUCCCACCGGAGACUGCGUUCCCAGAGGAGAGCGGCCGCCCACGCCCCGAGCAUCCUCCCUAGUCUAGCGGGCGCUGACAGACCCGGCGGCAUGAUGCGACUGCGAGGCUCGGCGAUGCUGCGGGACCUGCUCCUGCGGCCUCCCGCCGCUUCCUGCGCAGCUCUGAGGCGGGCACAGCCCCUCGUCACACUGUGCCGGCGUCCCCGAGGCGGGGGACAGGGGGCCGCGGGCGCAGCGGCCGCCGCGCGGCUUUACCCGUGGUGGGGCGGGGGCGGCCGGCCGGCGGGGCCCCUCGCGCGGGGACUGUCUAGCUCCCCUUCGGAGAUCCUGCAGGAGCUGGGCAAGGGGGGCACGCAGCAGCAGCAGUCUGGGGCGUCGCCGCCCGCAGCCCCAUCGGCUCCCAGCCCCAAGGACGGCCCCGGGGAGACGGAUGCGUUCGGCAACAGUGAGGGCAAGGAGCUGGUGGCCUCGGGCGAAAAUAAAAUAAAACAGGGUCUGUUACCUAGCUUGGAAGAUUUGCUGUUCUAUACAAUUGCAGAAGGACAAGAGAAAAUACCUGUUCAUAAAUUUAUUACAGCACUCAAAUCUACAGGAUUGCGAACGUCUGAUCCCAGGUUGAAAGAGUGUAUGGAUAUGUUAAGAUUAACUCUUCAAACAACAUCAGAUGGUGUCAUGCUAGACAAAGAUCUUUUUAAAAAAUGUGUUCAAAGCAACAUUGUUUUGUUGACACAAGCCUUUAGAAGAAAGUUUGUCAUUCCUGACUUUAUGUCUUUUACCUCUCACAUUGAUGAGUUAUUUGAAAGUGCUAAAAAGCAGUCUGGAGGAAAGGUUGCGGAUUAUAUUCCUCAGCUAGCCAAGUUCAGUCCUGAUUUGUGGGGUGUAUCUGUGUGUACAGUAGAUGGACAGAGGCAUUCUAUUGGAGAUACCAAAGUUCCAUUUUGUCUUCAGUCCUGUGUAAAACCUUUGAAAUAUGCAAUUGCUGUUAAUGACCUUGGAACAGAAUAUGUGCAUCGAUAUGUUGGGAAAGAGCCAAGUGGAUUAAGAUUCAACAAACUGUUUUUAAAUGAAGAUGAUAAGCCACACAAUCCUAUGGUAAAUGCUGGAGCAAUUGUUGUGACUUCAUUAAUAAAGCAAGGAGUGAAUAAUGCUGAAAAAUUUGACUAUGUGAUGCAGUUUUUGAAUAAGAUGGCUGGCAAUGAAUACGUUGGAUUCAGUAAUGCAACGUUUCAGUCUGAAAGAGAAAGUGGAGAUCGAAAUUUUGCAAUAGGAUAUUACCUAAAAGAAAAAAAGUGUUUUCCAGAAGGCACAGACAUGGUUGGUAUAUUAGACUUCUAUUUCCAGCUAUGCUCCAUUGAAGUAACUUGUGAAUCAGCCAGUGUGAUGGCUGCAACACUGGCUAAUGGUGGUUUCUGUCCAAUUACUGGUGAGAGAGUACUGAGCCCUGAAGCAGUUCGAAAUACACUGAGUUUGAUGCAUUCCUGUGGCAUGUAUGAUUUCUCCGGGCAGUUUGCUUUCCAUGUUGGUCUUCCUGCAAAAUCUGGAGUUGCUGGGGGCAUUCUUUUAGUUGUCCCUAAUGUCAUGGGCAUGAUGUGCUGGUCUCCUCCUCUGGACAAGAUGGGCAACAGUGUUAAGGGAAUUCACUUCUGUCAUGAUCUUGUUUCUCUCUGUAAUUUCCAUAACUAUGAUAAUUUGAGACACUUUGCAAAAAAACUUGAUCCUCGAAGAGAAGGUGGUGAUCAAAGGGUGAAGUCAGUGAUAAACCUUUUGUUCGCUGCGUAUACUGGAGAUGUAUCUGCACUUCGAAGAUUUGCUCUAUCAGCCAUGGACAUGGAACAGCGAGACUAUGACUCUAGAACAGCACUGCAUGUAGCUGCUGCAGAGGGUCAUGUUGAAGUUGUUAAAUUUUUGCUGGAGGCAUGCAAAGUAAAUCCUUUCCCCAAGGACAGGUGGAAUAACACUCCCAUGGAUGAAGCGUUGCACUUCGGACACCACGAUGUAUUUAAGAUCCUCCAGGAAUACCAAGUGCAGUACACGCCUCAAGGAGAUUCCGACAACGGAAAAGAAAAUCAAACGGUCCAUAAGAAUUUGGAUGGAUUGUUAUAAAGGUCUUAAGCCCAAAAUAUAAAUCACUUACCUAUUUAAUUGUGGAAAAUGAUUAUGAAGAACAUGUGUAUUUCUAUCUGGUAGUGAUGUCUAUUUUACAACAUUUGUCAUUUCAGUGUUACUGGAGUUUUCUUCACUGUACACACAGGACAAAUCUGAUCUCUUUGGGAAAAAAUAGAAAUAAAACAAUCUCCCUCCAUAAUGUGAGCAAUAUUUACCUCGUGCAUUGUAUAAUUUGAUGUCAAAGAAAUAGUUACCAAUGCUAGCUUAACUGUGUGGUGGUCUUCAUGAUAUAUUUAUGUGUGUUUUGUGAAUUUUUCAAUUUGUAUGAUGAACUUAGGCAUUUAUAAAUUAAGUUUUGUUGUACAGUCUGUCCAAAUAGGUCAAGGCUGCCUUUAGAAGCAAAAGAGUGUGAUUUUCAGGACUUCAAAUGUAGAGUUAGAGCAUCUGAACAACUAUCUGCACGUAGGGUUCUGUGUUUUAAAUGUCUCCCAUCACCCAGCUUCAUGACGUGACUCUUUAAAAAUUAAAAUAGUUAACAACUUGUUAGUGGCAUAGACCAAUUCUGAUUAGACUUCAUCAGGGAAUCUGUUCAAGAUAUGUUUGGUGACCAAAAUAUCUAUGUGAAUGUAGUUAUAUAAUACUUUUGAAAAAAGUUCCUUUUUCUAUAUCCUCUUUAGUCCAGCCUCUCUUCCCAGACAUCUAGCUAUUUGCCUCUUCGCUUUAGCUGGGAACGUGGGUGCUGGCACACUAUGCAGUUUUCAUGUUUUCCACCGUAAGUCAGAAAACGCCUCAGACAUCUGGCAUCCGAGCUAGAACUAUGCCAUUUGUCAAUAGGCGAUGAACCAGACAUGGAUGACUAAGCUAAGUACAAAUUAGCCAAAUUUGGAAAAGGAAAGCAUGUGCUACCACGGCUCUUUAAGGUCUGUUUCAGCUUUCAGGAUAAAGAUACAUUCAGAUAAGCGCUCUAAGCUACCAAAGUUAUUAGGAUGGUAUGGGAACUGUAACAGUUAACAUUUAUUUUUUAAACCUGUCAUUAAAAGCCUGCACCUAUUUGGGGGACCCCUAGAUCACUCCAGUUUUCUCCUGCUUCUCUAUUGUAUAAUUUGUGGUGGACUGAUAAUAAGAAAAGGCCAUUUAAUUUUAAAUUGAGACCCGUUGUUUGUCCUAGGGAGGAACCGCACAUAUGCUUUAGCCUAUCGUACUUCAGAGGUAAAGGGGUUUGCUAAUGAGGAUUUUUGAUAUUAAGCACACACACAGGCACAUACACACACAAAUGGACUUCUCUGAGGCCGUGUUUUGUGAAAUGAGCAAAAUCCUCAGCUACGUGAAUGCUACUAGUUGUUGCAAUGUGGCAAAUUCAGCAAGUUCCUUUUUUUUCCUUUUGUAUCUGCACACACUGCUGCUUCCAACCUUUAUCAUGCCUAAUGGCCCCUUUUCCGCUCCAGCAGCCUCCAAAUGUUUUGGGUUUUGCUUCCAGUCUCAUUUGGUGGCUUCAGCCAUUGCCCUCCUAAUACCUACACAGCACCUCCUUUGGUGGAAGCGUGGCCAGUGUUCCCUAACAGCUGCAUCAGGCACGAAGCCAUUCCCACGGGUGUGCUGUGGGGGAUUUGGUGGACGGGCAUCGGCCCUGCUGCUGGGUUCCCGCCCCAUGGGUCUACCAAGCCGUGCAGACAGGCAGUAUUUGCAAAAUGCUGUAGAGGAACGGCAUUAUCCCCAGAGAUACUAUGGGAUAGACAUUCUUUAACUGAAAUCAACUGAAAUAACUUUGCUCAAACAGCAGCUUGCUUUGUGUGAUUAAAAUGAAACAUUAAGAUGAUUCAAUUGUGUGGCUUAAAGGUUACCAGCAAUUUGGAGGCUUUAAUAAAAAGAGGUUCUAACCAUUAAUUUGGAACAAAGAGAGUUUUCAUCUUUUUUUCAGAUCAAAACUAUUUUGCAAAAUCUGUGUGGUUUAGUCAAAUGUGCCCUUAUUUACCCAUAAGGUUAUUUAUGACUGUAAUGCCGGGUCCUGCUCUGGCUGUUUGCUGUUGGCUGGUAAUAACAAGUACACUUGGUUUAAAUGCUUUUGACUGUGCUCUUAACUGCUGCCAUCAGUAUACUCCAAAGAUCUCUUUGUUUUGGCUUUGGGAUCAUACGUGCUUUUUCUGUAUCAUGAGAGCUCUCUAUAUGGUCAUGUUUAUUUAAAGCUGCUUAUACACUGUUGUUUUGGUAGUCUCAAUUCUAAUGACCUCAUUUUUGGGCGUAAUGUGCUGUAUCCCGCUACUGCCCCACACUGCCCUUUAGCUGCACAGCUGGAUUAGCUAUCAGCCGUUUGAUGCUGUUAUCUGUCUGGCAGGGGCUGAAUGACCUGAGGUUGGAUAUAGAUUCUUCCUGGGGACUGUACAGCUAUGAAUGUAUUUGCUUCCAGAACCUCCCAAAGUGAAUCUAAUCUUGAAACUAUAAAUUGUAAGUAUUCUGAAAUUGGGAAAUAUUUAUUUUAAAUGAAAUCAGGUAGUGUUGCUUUUUACAGCAUAAUAAAUACAUGUAUCAAAAAAAA